CAGAUCGACUGUUUGAUUCCUAUAGGUAGUUCCUUCAUCCUUGAGCCACUCCACCACACACACCAGUCCGCUAGUCCAAUUCAAAACUUACUGUUACUAGUGUUACUGGUUAGUCAAUGAUAAACCGUCGUUCACGUUUGAUCGGAUUUUGAAUUGUCUCCAAUUUAACGUCAUUACUCGUACUUUAUUAAAAUGACUGAACCGUCGCCCAAGAAAUCAAAAAUGUCAUCAUUGGCUCAGCUCAAGAACUUUACCGUUGUCGUGGCUGACACGGGAGAUUUUGAAACCAUGAAAAAGUAUAAACCUACUGAUGCUACUACAAACCCAAGUCUUAUUCUAGCUGCAGCCAAAAUGCCUCAGUACAAAGAUUUGAUAUCAAAAGCUCUGAAAUUAGCAAUUGCUAAUGGAAAGACUAUUGAAGAACAAACAGAAGAAGCUAUGGAUAAUCUUGUCGUAUUGUUUGGUACUGAAAUCUUAUCUCUAAUCCCAGGACGAGUAUCCACUGAAGUUGAUGCUAGAUUGUCUUUUGACAAAGAAGCAAGUAUUGCUAAAGCUAUCAAAUACAUUAAAAUGUAUGAAAAGGCUGGAAUUGCCAAAGAACGCGUAUUAAUUAAAUUAGCUUCUACGUGGGAAGGUAUUCAAGCAGCUAAAGUUUUGGAACAAGAACAUGGAAUACAUUGCAAUUUAACUUUAUUGUUUUCUCUUUAUCAAGCCAUUGCUUGUGCUGAAUCUGAUGUCACUUUAAUAUCUCCUUUUGUUGGCCGUAUUUUGGAUUGGCAUGUUGCAAACACUGACAAGAAAAGUUUUGAGCCUUUAAAAGAUCCAGGUGUACAAUCAGUUACUAAUAUUUACAAUUAUUUCAAAAAAUUCAACUAUAAAACCGUUGUGAUGGGUGCAUCAUUCCGUAACAUUGGUGAAAUCAAAGCAUUGGCUGGAUGUGAUUUGUUAACAAUUAGUCCAAAGCUGCUUGAAGAAUUAGAAUUAUCUAAUGAGCCACUCACAGAGUAUUUAACAGUGAAGAAUGGUAAAGCUUCAGAUUUAAAUAAAAUUGAAAUUGAUGAAGCUAAAUUCCGUUGGGAGAUGAAUGAAGAUAAAAUGGCCAAUGAUAAGUUGUCCGAAGGAAUAAGGAAUUUUGCAGCUGAUUCCCGUAAACUUGAGAAAAUUCUUACAGAGAUGUUGAAUAAAAUCAAUUAAAUACACUAUCAGUGUCUUAUUUUUACGUUAUUGGGAUCAAAAUGUUAUUAAAUGUGAUGAUUUAUACUUUUAA